AUGUCUUUUAACAUUUUUGAUAACUCAACAAGUUUUAAAAUUGGUAAAUUACUAGAUAAAAUUUUAAACAAAAAAAUAUUUAAAAAUGAAAUAUUAAUUAAUACGGAAGGUAAAAGACUAGAAGAAAUCAACGUUCAAACGGUCAAAUAUGGUAAAGAAAUACCUAUUGUAUAUGGUAGAGUUAAAUUGGCUGGAAAUAUUAUAUGGGAUUCAGGUUUAAAGGAAUUAAAAAAAAUAAUAACUAAAAGCAGUAAUAAUUCUAAUCAAGAAAUUGAAUAUAAUUAUACUAAAUAUGAAUAUAAAAUUUCGCUUGCCAUAGCAUUAUGUGAGGGUGAGAUAGAUUAUGUAUCAAGGAUUUGGAUAAAUGAUAUUAUUAUAGAUAAGUCGUUGUAUAAUAUUAGGGUUUACAGAGGCUCAGAAAAUCAAAUGCCUGAUUCUUUAAUUGAAAAAGUUGAGGGUAAGGGUUGUACAACUGCAUUUAGGGGGAUUGCAUAUAUUGUGUUUGAGGAUUUCCCAAUAUCAAAAUUUAAAAAUAAAAUACCUAAAUUUCAUUUUGAAGUUAUUAAGAAUGAUAAUUCAAAAAAUACUGAUAGCUUGCAAAAUUUAAUCAGUUCAGUUGUUAUUAUACCAGGUAGUGGUGAAUAUGUUUAUGAUACCACAGUUCAGACUAAAUCUUAUUAUAAAAAUGAACCUUAUGAAUAUGAAGAAGUUAAAAUUAAUUGUAACACAGAACAUG